CCGCAGGCUAUCUAUUGUCCGCACCUACUAAGCUAACUAGAUGGACCUACUUCGUCCAGCAAAUUCCAUAAAGACCACGAUGCCUUUGAGACUCGAAAGCGAUAGCUACGUUCCCACUACCUCCGUUUCCCAAACCUUAAAGUGCUGUCGCCCCCAAUUUUAGACCAUGCCUGAGAAACGCGUCCCAGCCCCUGUUGAUACAGUUCUGGACGCAACAGGCAACACACCGUGCGUGCGCCUCCGACGCGUAGUUCCAGAAGAUUGCGCUAGUGUGUGUGUACGUCAAACUCGAGCCCCUCAACCCUACCGGAUGAUAUAAAGACCGUCUGGCGAAAGCAAUCGUCGAAGAAGCCGAACGCCGGGGCGAAAUCCAACCGGGUUCGACAAUCGUCGAGGCCACCGGCGGCAGCACCGGGUCGUCCCUCGCUUUCGUAUGCAGCCUCAAGGGUUACAGGUUCAUCGCAGUCUGCUCUGACGCGUUUGUGAAGGAAAUGCUGCGGACCAUGGCUGCGUUUGGCGCCGAAGUCGAGAACGUCCACAGCCACAACGGCAAGAUCACGCCGGACAUCCCUGCUACCAUUGUGAAACGGGCCAAGACAAUCGUGGAGGAAAACGAGAUUUAUUACGCCGCAGACCAGUUCAACAACAAGGACUGCAUCGUGGGGUACGGGAAACUCGGCGGUGAGCUUGUCGAACAACUGCCUCAGGGGAUCGACGCGUUCUGUGGUGCCGCCGGAGGAGCUGGUAUGGUCAUGGGCACUUCGAAGGUGCUCAAGGCAGUGCGUCCCGGUACUCGAGUCGUGGUUGUGGAGUCGUCGUCGGCACCGCUCCUGAGCCAAGAGAUAAGGGGCGUUCAUGGAAUCGAAGGAAUUGGACCCGGGCUCAUACCACCUCUGCUCGACAGCACACUAUACGAUGAGAUCCGCGCGUACCCCGAAGAGGAGGCGCGCGAGAUGUGUCGCAGACUCGCGAAAGAGGAGGGCAUCUUAGCUGGCACUUCAACGGGACUCAACGUUGUCGCUGCUCUCGCCCUGGCGAAGGAGCUUCGUCCUGGGAAAGUGGUUGUUACGGUCGCGUGCGAUACAGACCUCCCUGGACCAUGUAGUUACUGGAGGCAUAUUUCGUCUUUAGAAUACUUUCGAGACUUCUCUCGAAUUCCAAAGAAAGCUGGUAAAAAUUCAUUGACAAGAUUCUUCUUGUACGUAAAUGUCACCUCUAAGAUCGAUCGAUUUCUCGUCAUGUUAAUAGUAGUUCUUCGGGGUUAUUGGUAAAUGGGCCUCGCGGGAUCCCCUAUUAUAAGUCAUGUCAAUCCGGACCCCACUUCGACGCACGUAAACUGUCUCUAUUAUUAUUAUUCUUGGCCUCCUAAGAACCACCUUCAAAGCUACUGUGGCAGCCGAUGGUGAGAGGGUUUUCGAGAUUGUAGGAGUAUCCGCUUUUGCUGAAGCUUGACCCUCGAGCGUCAGCGAGAGUUUCACCGGGUGUUGAAUCAUUCAGUCAUGCUCGCAGCUCGCCGAACCCUUGGCGGGGUUUUGUUGAGGGGUUCUGUGAGCUGGGAACGAAAGCCAAGGAUUUGCAAGUGAAAAGAGCUUAAGCUCCACAUUGUCGCAUCUGCACCUAGCAACCAUC